GGGCGCUGCGAUAUGCUCUGUCGACUCGCGAAUGGUUGAUGCGCGCGUUGGGCAGCUGAUGCAUUUGUUUGUUCACACAGCUGCUUCUUGGAGAUAAUAGUUUAGGAAUUCCAUCUCGACUAGAGCCAGUUCCAAGAUGAAUUCCUCCUGGGUCAUUCUGACUGUCCUGCUUGCCUAUGUGUGCUUCAAGCUCUACACUCCAGUCCCGGACGCCAUCGAGGAGAAACUCAAGUUCCGGGCAUUUGUGGCACUGCCAAGGAUUUUUCGCUUUGUGGGAUCUGUGAUAGGGCUGUUCAACGGCAAGAAUUCCUUGCAGAACAUGCAGGAGCUAAGCGCCUUCCUCCCGCGACCGCCCUUCGACGUGGAGGGCUCCAAUAUCAGGUCAGAGGUCGUGACCUUUGACGGGGUCAGGGUCCUGCUGUAUGAGCCGAUAAACAGGAAGGGUCGUGGGGCUGUCGGAGGGCUGAUGUUCUAUCAUGGGGGCGGGUACAUGCUCGGCAGUCCAGAAACGCAUGAUGGUCUUACCAGGCAGAUUGCAGAAGAAUUAGACGUUGUGGUCGCAUCAGUCGAAUAUCGAUUGGCCACUGAGCAGGCCUUCCCAGCAGCUCACGAAGACUGCAUGACGGCCCUGCGGUACUUCCUAAACCACGCGGCGGACUUCGGUGUGGACCCGUCUCGCAUCGGAGUGGCAGGCGACAGCGCGGGGGGCCACCUCGCGGCAGCGGUGGCCCAAGAGGCAACAGAUGACGCCUCCCUUCCCCGCCUCAGGUUGCAGGUCCUCCUGUAUCCACUCUUGCAGCUGCUGGACCUGAACACUCCAUCCUACCAGCAGUACCGCUCCGACUUUGGCCCAAACGGGGGUGUCGUCCCGAGAAAUAUUGCAGGCGUCUUCCGUUCCUUCCUCCUCUUUGGGAGACAAGACGAUGCCUUCGUUGAAGCCAUGAUGGCUAACAACCACACCUCCCUGGCCUUCAAGAAGUCCAACCCCCACAUCUACAAUCACGAGCUGGUCCCGAAAUCGCUCAAGCAGCACGCGUCGUACAAAGGUCCUGUGGUGGACACCGGAAAUGACGAGUUGUGGAGUAAGCACAAGUACCUGUUCCUCGACCCCCGCACGUCACCAGGUUGGCGGGGGGAUCUAUCGGGGAUGCCGCAGGCCUACAUCAUGAGUUGCCAGUACGACGGGCUGCGGGACGAUGCGGUCAUGUACGCGGCGCGACUGGAGCAGGCUGGCGUCAAGGUCCAACUCACCAAUCGUUACAACGGUUGGCACGGGAUGCUGAACGCACAGACGUUCAACGUCGCGCAGCGAGCUUUGAAACAUCUGAUUGUUUAUUUAAAAGAAAACUUGUAGACCUUUUCCCCUAUCUACACAGUUUUUAUAAACGUUAUGGAGUGACUAAAUGUCCAUUUAUACAAAUAAAGUACUUAAGUUUCGAAUCUUUUGUUCUUUGCGAAUGCAGCUGGAGAGGUUACCAUUUUGGGGAAAACGCUUCUGUUUGUAAUAAAUCAUGUGGUUAAUCUGUACUUCAAUGAAAUGGAAUCCAGACAAAAUAUAUAAAGGCAACUUUGUGAUUCAUAUAUGAAUUAACGUUUGAUAUGAAUGAAUGAAACUGUUGUUUUAAAGUUUGAUUGAAUAGGGAAUAAAAUCCAAAAACUCUUCAUUAUUGUAGCAAGAUUCUAUGCAAUAAUUUUUAUAUUUGUGAUUCAUAUUUAUUUCAAAAUGCAAUCAUUCUAUGCAAUAAUUUUUAUAUUUGUGAUUUAUAUUUAUUUUAAAAUGAUUCUGAAAUGUAAUGAAAUGUAAAAAAAAUAUACUUUUGCAAUAAUAUAAUUAUAAGCACAUGCAUGUAGCUCCCAGAAUUCAUUCCGAUUAUGAUUUGAAAGCCUAUUUUUCUCAUGAUUUUAAUGAGGAAGGAUGGAUGUAGAACUAAUGUUAUUAUGAUGACUGCCAUGUGAAUGAUAGAAUGAUAGAGUGGCUUUGUAAUUGUUAGGGAGUUCAGUUUGUGGUUGGCUACUGGGGCAGUUGUUAAGCCCCAAAAGUGACAGCAAAUCUUUUCCUGUGAUUCUGUGUGAUUUUCUGGGGAAAAAUCUGCCGAUAAACUGCCCUUUUUUUGGAAAAAAAAAAUAGAGACAUAAUUUUCUUAGAGGUCGUUCUAUUCACAGACGGAAUCAGCAAAAAAUGAUGUCCUCUGCCCUUUGCAUACGACAAGCCUUCAGCUGGAUGACGACAUAUGCCAAAACCAUUUAGGUCUAUUUGAUAUUUCAGAACUCGAGUAGUACUAUAUAGUUCGGCGUACAAAUUAACUUGCCUCGAUCCAUGCAUGGUUGCCCGGUGUGCUAAUGAAAAAUUCAAUAACACAUCUGUUAAAAUUUCGAUCAAAGUAAUGUUUUUGGUAUUGAUAAAUACAGGAUCGCAAUAAA